AUGGCCUUCACGAAGCGCAAUGUAGCGAUCAGACGCGAUGUUGCACCUAACGGAUCUGGAAACCCAGCUUCAGCCACCAGGUUAACAGGUAUCCGUCCUUCGCCACUGACUUCACAUCUGGUCACUUCAACCGGCACCCCGUCGCUUGACGACCUGCUGGGCGGACACUUUGGACUCGCUCUUGGAUCAUGCUUGCUCAUAGAAGAGAGCGGUACCACUGACUUUGCCGGUGCUCUGCUACGGUUUUAUGCUGCCGAAGGGCUGUGUCAUGGCCACGUAUUGCAUAUCGUAGGUGUUAGUGAGGCAUGGGCGCGAGAAUUACCGGGUCUAGCAGAGUCACGCAGCAAUCGACAUCUCGAUAGCACCAAGAGUGGAGAGGAGCAUAUGAAAAUCGCAUGGCGUUAUCAGAAGCCUAAUCAAGGAGGCGAAAAAGGUUCAGCUCUUCCUAAUCACACUCUUGUGACCCAACAGACGGACGUUCAACACGAACCGUUCUGCCACUCGUUUGAUUUAACAAAGCGUCUCGCAAUUGCUGCGGAUGCGAAGGUCAACUACGUGCGUCUAAAAGCAAAUUUUAACCCUUUGGAGACCGUGGUCCAGUCUCUGCAGCAAGCUCUCUCUCAGUCGCAACCUGACAUGGUUCACCGCCUCGUCAUCCCAACCAUUCUUAGUCCGGGCAUGUACCCGCCAUCUGCAAGCCAACCAGAAGUCUUCCUGCGAACGAUGCACUCACUGCGUGCUCUACUUCGCCAACAUGCUGGUCGCUUGACCGCAAUGAUCACCUUGCCUCUCGAACUUUACCCACGCAGCAGCGGCCUAGUCCGAUGGGCAGAGCUUCUUAGCGAUGGUGUUCUCGAGCUCACGCCGUUUCCGCAUUUAAUGGACGCUGCGACAGCUGAGACCGGCAACACUGCAAGUGGUGAAGAGCAGCCGCAAGGCAUGCUCAAAGUACACAAGCUUCCCAUCACCACCGAACGUGGCGAAGGCGGCGCUGGUGCAGUAAACAGCAUCGGUGAAGACCUGUCCUUCACCCUUAGCAGACGAAAGUUUACCAUCAGGCCAUUCUCUCUCCCACCUCUUGAAGGAGACCAAGAAGGGCAGAAGGAGGCUGGUAAGCUCACGGGUAAAGAUGUCGAGUUCUGA